AUGUUUGCCAAAUUCACACUGACUGCAUUGCUUCUAAUAUUGUCUCAUGCUACGGAGACUGCAAAAAGGGCUUCCUUCGAUCCGGUUGCUGAUCCUGAAAUGAACGCCAUUCUGGCCAAGAUUGAACAUGGAAUACGCGAUCUUUCCAAUACUGAAAGUGUCCCGGCGAUUUCACAGGAAUCCCUCGAUAUUCCAGCUUCCCUAUUAGAGGAGAAGGAUGGCAAUGGCGUCGGCCUGGAACAAACUCUUCAAGGACUCGAUACGGUUGCAAACAACCAGCAGAAGUUGCUCCAGGAUACGACCUCUCAGCUCACUGACAUUCAGCACCGCCUCGACUCCUUGCUCACCGUCCAUACGUGA